AGAAGUGAUGGAGGGAGAGAGAGGGAGGGGGAGGAGAGGGACAGAGUGUAUGUUCAACUCUCUCCUUCAUUCAUUUUCCUUCAGUCCGUGACUGACGUGACUUACGUGUGGCUGCCAGAAGACUCCCCUCUGUGCAAUCAUGAUUCGGGCCAUCAGUCCCAUUUGUGUUCUUGUCUUUGCACUCCUCUUUGUGUGCAUGGAUGCACGUCCCGAAUCGCCAGGCCGCUCAAGGCGUGCUCCUGCUGCAAAAGUGCGAUUGGCAGGUAUCGGCCACAGAGAAAACGAGGGACGAGUUGAAGUCCUGCACAACGGGACCUGGGGCACUGUAUGCGAUGAUGAGGUCGACAUUAAACUCGCUAAUGUGGUUUGCAGGGAACUGGGUUUCCAAAGUGGCAUAACAUGGGCGCACAGUGCCAAGUACGGAGAGGGAGAAGGCCCCAUUUGGAUGGAUAAUGUGAGGUGUGAAGGAACAGAGAAAACUCUCAAAGACUGCAAGUCGAACGGAUGGGGUAUUAAUGACUGCAAGCACUCUGAGGAUCUUGGGGUGGUCUGCACUCCAGAGAGAAGGCUGGACCAAGUGCAUCCUGGAGUCACCAGAAGAGGGCACACCAUCUCUCUCAGGCCAAACCCAGUCACCUCGAACCGUUGGCAGGACAUUUACUCCAAUUCAAGGACACCUGCACAUCUCAGUCAAGGCAACGGACAUACCCAGGAUCACAGCAGAUGGGAUCAAUUCUCCAGACAGCAGUUUCAUAAUCCGUCUGCCAGUAGGGUGAAGAUCGAGGAAGUCCGCCUCAAGCCGAUCUUGAUGGUUACAAAGAAGCGUGCUCUUGUUACGGAAGGUGUGGUGGAAGUAAAGCAUGCUGGGAGAUGGAGACAGGUGUGUGACAAAGGCUGGAGUCUGAACAGCAGCAGAGUUGUGUGUGGGAUGCUUGGCUUUCCUGAUGCGGAGCAGCCCAACAUAAACACUUACAAAAAAAUAUGGGACAAGAAAGUCAAGGAUUCAACAACCAGAUUGAGUCAGACGACCAAGAAGAAGGGUAACUGGGUUGAGAAAGUACAUUGCCUGGGCACAGAGCCCAGUCUGGCAGAGUGUCAUGCCCAGCUUUCAAUCCCUCGAAGCCCUGGCCCCUGUAAGAACGGUCGCCACGCAGUGGCCCGGUGUGUCCCAGGACCACAGUUUGCUCGUAUGUCCUCUGGCAGACCCCAGGCACCUCACCCUGCACAGCUGUCGGUGCGUCUGAAGGCCGGACCACGUCUGGGGGAAGGAAGAGUCGAGGUUCUCCGUGAGGGAAAGUGGGGAACCGUGGUUGACCACCGGUGGGACCGUAUCUCAGCCAGCGUGGUGUGCAGAGAGCUGGGCUUCGGCACAGCCAAAGAGGCUCUUACCGGAGCAUACAUGGGUCAAGGGACGGGGCCGAUCCACAUGAACACAGUGCAGUGCACUGGCACAGAGCGCUCCAUUUUGGAUUGUUACUUCCAGGAAGUCCCUCCCUGGACAUUCAAACACAGCCAGGAUGCUUCUGUCAAAUGUUAUGUUCCUAAGACAGGCUUUGAGAGCACGGUGCGGUUGGCAGGCGGCAGGGACCCGGCUGAGGGUCGUGUGGAGGUGCUUAUGGAGGUGGGGGGCAGAAAGCGCUGGGGGACAAUUUGCAGUGAGAACUGGGGAAUAAAUGAAGCUAUGGUGGUAUGCAGGCAGCUGGGCUUUGGUUUCGCCGCAAGUGCCCAUCAGGAAACAUAUUAUUGGCAUGGAGACCCUGCAGCAGUAGAAGUGCUGUUGAGUGGAUCUCACUGUGUGGGAACCGAAAUGUCCAUCCAGCAGUGCCGUCGUAACAGUCACGUGCACUGUCCUCGAGGAGGCGGAGCUAAAGCAGCAGGCGUCACCUGUUCUGAAACGGCACCUGACCUGGUUUUGGAUGCACAGCUCGUGCAGGAGAGCGCUUACCUAGAAGACAGGCCUCUGCACCUGCUCACCUGUGCACAUGAGGAGAACUGUCUUUCUUCCUCUGCCAAGCGUAUGCAGUGGCCGUAUGGGCACCGCCGCCUUCUGCGUUUCUCCUCCCGUAUCAUGAACUUGGGCAGAGCCGACUUUCGUCCACGUGCCUCAAGAGAGUCGUGGACCUGGCACCAGUGCCACAGGCAUUAUCACAGCAUUGAAGUGUUCACACAUUAUGACCUCCUCACACUCAACGGAAGCCGAGUGGCCGAAGGACACAAAGCCAGUUUCUGCCUGGAAGACACCUACUGCCCUGAUGGACUUCAAAAGCGCUUUUCAUGUUACAAUUAUGGAGAUCAAGGUAUUUCGGUGGGUUGCUGGGACACUUACCGCCACGAUAUCGACUGCCAGUGGAUAGACAUCACUGAUAUCAGACCUGGAGACUACAUCAUGCAGGUUGAGGUAAAUCCAUCGCUGGACAUGGCUGAAUCAGACUUUAUGAACAACGUCAUGCGUUGUCGAUGUAAAUAUGAUGGACACCGAGUGUUUAUGUAUGGCUGUCAUGCAGGCGAUGCAUACAGUGCUGAAACUGAGGAUUUAUUCGAACAUCAGCGUCAGAUCACCAAUAACUUCAUUUGAGCCUGGUAAAGAGAGAUGAGAGGAGAGGGUGUUCGUUAAUGGCUCCCAGGAAUGCAGCUAAUUGGACAAUAAACUGGGUGAAAGAUGAGGAGAUCUCAGCUGAUCUCAGAACAGUCUACCAGUAGCCCUAAUAAGUGGACACUACAGUACACCGCUAAACUAUUUUCUCUAUGGAAAUGAAUUAACUCUUCCUGAUGUUUGGAAAUCAAACGAAAGGCUUAGUUCACCUAAAAUUAGAUUCUGUCACAAUUUUUCUUAGUAUUUUGUAUUUGACUUUUAUUUUUAAGUACAGUAACUUACUGGUUGCUUUUUUUCCACCCAUUUGCAAUGAAUAGAUACUGGAGCUUAUUUAAAGGUCCCGUUUUUCGUGCUUUUUUGAAGCUUUGAUUGUGUUUACAGUGUGCAGUAUAACGUGUUCAUUUUUCGUGUGUAAAAAAAACUCAGUAUUUUUCACACAAUUCACCUAUCUGUAUACCGCUGUUUUCACUGUCAUAAAAAAAGCUGAUGACUUCCUUGUUCUAUAAAGUCCCUCCUACAGAAAUACGUAACGAGUUCUGAUUGUGCCAGCGGUUUCUGUGUUGUUAUUCGACAGCAGCUGAGCACACGCGGCCCUCCAAGAAACGUGAUUGGGUUAGUUUUGAGAAGCAAGUGGGCAGGAUUUGUUUUGAUAACCUGGCAAUCCUGAUCUGAACGCACGUGCUGGAGAUGUACUUCUAAUCACAGAACG